CCAGUCUUUUGUGGUAACCUCACCCUUUCCGUGAUUCAAGCUGGUUAAAACAAAAGGCUCUAAUUAUUUUCAGACUCUGACGUACGUCUGGAUAAUGUUGACCUGCUUCUAAAUCCUCACUCAUAGCAGUCUGACUCUUUCACAGGGGAGUGUAAGGACACUUUGGCAACAAUCUCAGAGCCAGUAACUCACAACACGUAUGGCAGGAAUGAAGGAGCAUGGAUGAAGGAUCCAAAGUCUGAUAAUGACAAAAUUUAUGUCACAAACUUCUACUACGGGAAUAACCUCCUGGAGUUCCGCAACCUGGAGGUUUUCAAAGCAGGCCGUUUUACCAACUCAUACAAGCUUCCUUACAACUGGAUUGGCACAGGCCAUGUCGUCUAUGAUGGGGCUUUCUACUACAACCGUGCCUUCUCCCGAGACAUCAUCAAGUAUGACCUGCGUCAGCGUUAUGUGGCUGCCUGGACCAUGCUGCACGAUGCUCUGUUUGAGGAGGCGUCGUCACCGUGGGAAUGGCGCAGCCACUCGGAUGUCGACUUUGCCACGGAUGAGAGCGGCCUGUGGAUCAUCUACCCGGCACUGGAUGACGAGGGCUUCUUACAGGAAGUGAUUGUUCUGAGUCGGCUGAACCCCUCAGACCUCAGCAUGCAGAGGGAGACCACCUGGAGAACCGGUCUCAGGAGAAACCACUACGGGAACUGCUUCAUCGUGUGUGGCGUCCUGUACGCUGUUGACAGCUACAACCAAAAGCACGCCAACCUGGAAUACGCCUUUGACACGCACACAAACACUCAGAUGACUCCCAGAAUGCCCUUCACCAACAACUACACCUACACCACACAGAUUGACUACAAUCCCAAAGAGGGUGUUUUGUAUGCGUGGGACUAUGGACACCAAGUAACAUACAACAUUAAGUUUGCCUAUGUAGACCCUUAGUAAGGGUUUGACAGUAGUGAUAAAAAGUUAAUUCUAUGGUUUGAAUGGAUUGUAGAUCAGUCCACAUGGCCUUCAGUACGGAGACUAACAGGGGCCAAAUGUACAAAUGUACUUCAGUAUAUAGUGACUAAACUGUUUUGUUCUUAUCAAGAUUUUUAAAGUUUUUACCUGACAUAAAUGAAACGAUGAGCCUGAUUUCUCAGUCAACGCACCAAGUUGUACUGUAUAUAUUGUAAUACUGUAACAAAAAAAAAAAAAAAAAAAAAGCCCUAUGAGAUAAAUGAAUGCAGGUAGAAUAAGUUCAUAUCUUGGGUCAAAUAACGCUUUCACAUAAAAGAACCAGUUCAUAGAAGCCUACUCUUUGGACAAAUUACAUUUUUCUGUUUUAUACACAUUAUUUUGUAUUACAUUUUUCUUUGCAUCAUAUGCCACAGGUCCUCCGUGUGGUAAUAUCACAGGUAUUGCUGAUGACCUUUGUCUUGUGAAAGCACUUACUGCCUCCAUAUCAGACUGUUCUGAGGAGACUACAAUAAAGUUUGGAAAUACUAAC